CCAACAGUCUCCCUCUGAGCAGCUCCUCCCUUCUUACUUUCUUCCUUCGAGUCGAGACGUUUCAAGUCCUUUUCCUCAUAAUUGUAUGUACGGAAGAUGCAUUUUGUGACCCUAUGGAAUCUUGUCCACCUUUUUAUCAUCGGUGACCUGAACAGUCAUUCUCGGUUCUGGAAAAUUGUGAUGGUAGUAGAUCGAAAACGUAACGGUCCAUUGGACUUUGGUUGAACUUGACGAGCUUCGCAGUCCGGAGUGAUAUGUCGCGACUCUGAUAACCACGUCACGUCGAACAAAGACGAGCUAGAUGACCUUGCACUGUGUGCGCGUGCAUGUGCGUGUUCUGCGGAAUCUUGUCGGCACCGGCCAUGGCGCUCGCAACCAUAAGAUGCUCGAUCCGAUCGGUCGUAAUGUUUUCAGACACACCUGAGCUGAGCCGCGAUGGACACAAUGGAUACCUUGACAACAUGACCGACGAGGAUCAAAACACAGUUACCUUGAAGAAUGCCGAGGCCGCGCUUCCUCGAAUCACCGAUCCUGCUGGGGUUCUUCGUGUGGGGAGGGGGUUUCGCUUAGCUUCGUGACACUUUCCAUCCGCAGCUUAACCUCUUCAUUAGACGCAUUGCACAAAUCGAUGCCUGCAACCACAUCGACCAUGCGUCCGCGACACAUUUUCCAAAAC